CCACAAGAUUUUAUAAACGCAGUAUCCUCCUUGUAAUGGAGUUCUCUCUUUCUUUACUCCUGUUAUAUAUGAUGAUGGUAAUGGCAUAUUCCAUCUCCCUCCAUCCUCCCCUUCUCUCUUCAUCUCUCCAUAACUAAACAACUUCUUAAUUCCCUCCCUCACGAUGGCCACAGCUCAUGGGAAACCAGAUUUUGGCAGCAUAGCUCCAGAAUCGAAAGAAGAACAAGAGGUGGAAGAUUAUGAGUACUUUGGGUCCGGUGGGUGUGCCUGCUUCCGCCUCUGCUUUAGAUGGAGACGGUCUAACAAAGCUGAAAGUAGUUAUCUGUUGCAGCGGCAGCAGCAAGGAGAGAACACAGAGAGCUGGUGGAUGAAGACGGUGAAGGCAGUGAAGGAGAUGACAGAGUUACUGGCUGGACCAAAGUGGAAGAACUUCAUUCGAAGGUUUAGUGGGCACAGAAAACGGAGGACCAUGUUUCAGUAUGAUUCCUACAGUUAUGCUCUUAACUUCGAAAACGAAGAUGAACACCUUGACUUCUCAAUGCGGUUUGCCAACCCAACUGGGGUGUCUGCGAACAACGCCGAGACCAGCAAUGGAGCUCGAUUUCCAUUCGAUGGUUAAUUGAUGAGCAAAUAUUCAUCUCUAAAGAGAGGCAAUUGCAGCAGAAAGCUUGUCAUCAAUGGAGCCCCCCUUGUACCAUAAAUUCAUUCAGCAUAUUUGAACUGCUUUCAUUUUUCAUACAACUGAAUUUGACGAAAUAGUACCAGCGGUCCACGCUUUAUCCUCACCCUGUAGAUGUGCUGUCAAGCUUUUUGUGAUUCUGUUCUCCAAUCUUCUAGUUGAUGCUUUCUGAUUUACUUCAUUCAGAUUAUCGUGUAUGUACAGAAACACACAUUCUUUAUUCUUUACUUGAUAUAGGUGCCACUGCUGCUUUUUUUUUA